GUUUCUCACCGUGUCGUGUUUGUCCCGCUGUUGCAGAAAUGGAUACGAUAGAUCAAUCUAUGUAACUUGGUGCACAAGCGAAGAAUUGAUCUUCAGUGACUCAAAGCAGGAUGAGAGAAGAUACACCAGAAAAUCAAAUGGGAAAGGCAUUUGAAUUACACCUGGUUUGUCAUCAGAAGAGUCGCUUCUUGCAUCCCUGAGGAAAUAAGUCUGGAUAUUGUCAGCACUUCCACAAGGGGAAGCCACUUCUCCUCUGUUUUUUGGUGUGCUUCAGUGGGACCAUGGCCAAAAACUCAUUCCGUGGGUCGAAGUACAGGCCAGAAGCCAAUCAUGAUGGACAUUUUAGCUGCACACUCAAAGAGCUUCGCUCUCUUAUGGAACUCAGAGGAACGGAUGGAUUACAAAGGAUUCAGGAGUGCUAUGGAGAUGUUCAAGGACUCUGCUCCAAGUUAAAAUCAUCACCCAUAGAAGGGUUAAGUGGUCAUCCCGAUGACAUUGCAAGAAGAAAAGAAGAAUUCGGAAAGAAUUUUAUACCUCCUAAAAAGCCAAAAACAUUCCUUCAAUUAGUGUGGGAAGCACUGCAGGAUGUGACUCUAAUUAUUUUGGAAGUUGCAGCCAUAAUAUCCUUAGGCCUUUCCUUCUAUAAACCUCCCGAUGCCGAGAGAGAACACUGUGGUCGGGCGGCUGGAGGUGUUGAGGAUGAGGGUGAGGCAGAAGCGGGCUGGAUUGAAGGUGCUGCCAUCCUCCUGUCUGUCAUCUGCGUGGUUCUUGUCACAGCUUUUAACGACUGGAGUAAAGAGAAACAGUUUCGUGGACUCCAGAGCCGGAUUGAACAAGAGCAGAGGUUUACUGUACUCAGAGGCGGUCAAGUCAUUCAGAUUCCAGUGGCCGAGAUUGUUGUCGGAGACAUCGCACAAGUAAAAUAUGGUGACCUCCUUCCUGCAGACGGUGUACUAAUCCAAGGCAAUGAUCUAAAAAUUGAUGAGAGCUCCCUCACUGGAGAGUCGGACCACGUCAAAAAAACUCUGGACAAAGACCCUAUUCUUCUUUCAGGCACACAUGUAAUGGAGGGCUCUGGAAAAAUGCUGGUCACUGCAGUGGGGGUUAAUUCUCAAACGGGAAUCAUUUUCAUGCUGCUUGGAGGUGGAGAUGAUGAUGACGACGAUGAUGAGGAGAAAAAGGAAGAGAAGGAGAGGAAAAAGAGGGAGAAGGAAGAGAAGAGGAGAGAAAAGGAGGAGAAAAAGAAAGAAAAGGAGAGGAAGAAGAAGGAGCAGAAAGACAAAAAGAAAAAGAAAGAUGGAGGUACAGUAGAAAUGGAGCCCCUCAACAGUGACGAUGGAACAGAAGAAGAGCAAAAAAAAGCCAAGAUACCAAAGAAAGAGAAAUCAGUCCUUCAAGGGAAGCUUACCAAACUAGCAGUACAAAUUGGAAAAGCAGGUCUCUUCAUGUCAGCCAUCACCGUCCUCAUUCUUGUGGUGCUCUUUUUGGUGGACACUUUCUGGAUCCAAGGGCUUUCGUGGAUCAAAGACUGCACUCCCAUCUACAUCCAGUUCUUCGUCAAGUUCUUCAUCAUCGGCGUCACUGUGCUGGUUGUUGCUGUGCCUGAAGGUUUACCUCUUGCCGUCACAAUCUCAUUGGCAUAUUCUGUCAAAAAAAUGAUGAAAGACAACAACCUGGUGAGACAUCUGGACGCUUGCGAGACGAUGGGCAAUGCCACUGCCAUUUGUUCUGAUAAAACCGGCACUCUUACAAUGAACAGGAUGACAGUGGUUCAAGUGUUUAUUGCAGACAGACACUUCAAGAAGGUUCCAGAACCCGAUCUGAUUCCUGGCAACAUCAUGAAUCUGCUUGUCACAGGCAUCGGCGUGAACUGUGCAUACACUUCAAAAAUCAUGUCUGCUGAAAAAGAGGGUGGCCUGCCCCGUCAAGUUGGGAACAAAACUGAAUGUGCCUUGCUAGGUUUUGCCACUGAAUUACGGAAGGAUUACCAAGCCAUUCGCUGUGAAUAUCCUGAGGAAAAACUGUACAAAGUGUACACCUUUAACUCAGUUAGGAAAUCCAUGAGUACAGUCCUGAAAAAUUCUGACGGAAGUUACCGCAUGUUCAGCAAAGGAGCUUCAGAAAUCCUCCUGAAGAAGUGCUGCAAAAUCCUGACAAGCAAUGGUGAUGCCAAACAUUUCAGGCCCAUUGAUCGAGAUGACAUGGUGACACAGGUGAUUGAGCCAAUGGCCUCUGAGGGAUUGAGGACCAUCUGCCUCGCCUACAGGGACUUCCUUGUUUCGGAUGGGGAGCCUGACUGGGAUAAUGAGGGAGAUAUCCUAACUGGACUGACCUGCAUCUGUGUGGUGGGCAUUGAGGAUCCCGUAAGGCCAGAGGUCCCUGAUGCAAUUAAGAAGUGUCAGCGAGCAGGUAUCACUGUGCGGAUGGUCACAGGGGAUAAUAUUAACACUGCUCGAGCUAUAGCAACAAAGUGUGGCAUUCUCCAUAUCGGUGAUGACUUCCUGUGCCUUGAAGGCAAAGAAUUCAACAGGCGGAUACGCAAUGAACUAGGAGAGAUUGAGCAAGAACGACUGGACAAGGUUUGGCCCAAACUGCGGGUACUUGCAAGAUCUUCUCCUACUGAUAAGCAUACAUUGGUUAAAGGUAUAAUCGAUAGCACCGUCAUAGAACAGAGACAAGUAGUAGCUGUCACUGGAGAUGGAACCAACGAUGGCCCUGCACUUAAAAAAGCUGAUGUUGGCUUUGCGAUGGGGAUUGCAGGGACAGAUGUUGCUAAAGAAGCAUCAGACAUCAUCCUCACCGAUGACAACUUCAGCAGCAUUGUGAAAGCAGUGAUGUGGGGGAGGAACGUAUACGACAGCAUUUCUAAGUUCCUGCAGUUUCAGUUGACAGUCAAUGUGGUGGCUGUCAUAGUGGCGUUUACCGGAGCCUGUAUCACUCAGGACUCCCCGCUCAAAGCUGUACAGAUGCUGUGGGUGAAUUUAAUCAUGGACACAUUCGCAUCACUAGCUCUAGCAACAGAACCUCCCACUGAAUCUUUACUGUUGCGCAAACCCUACGGCCGCAACAAGCCGCUUAUUUCCCGCACCAUGAUGAAGAACAUCCUGGGACAUGCUGUAUAUCAGCUGACCAUCAUCUUCACACUACUGUUUGCAGGUGAGCAGAUCUUUGAUAUUGACAGUGGCAGGAACGCUCCACUUCAUGCUCCUCCUUCAGAGCACUACACCAUCGUCUUCAACACUUUUGUUUUAAUGCAACUCUUCAAUGAGAUUAACGCUCGAAAGAUCCACGGCGAGAGAAAUGUUUUCGAGGGUAUCUUCAAUAACAUAAUCUUCUGCAGCAUUGUAUUUGGGACCUUUAUUAUCCAGUUUGUAAUCGUCCAGUUUGGAGGGAAGCCAUUUAGCUGUGUCGGUCUCUCAGUUGAGCAGUGGCUGUGGUGCGUCUUCCUUGGUUUUGGAUCUCUUCUAUGGGGACAGGUGAUUUCCACCGUUCCCACAAGACGGCUGAAGUUCCUGAUAACCAUGGGUCAUGGCACUAAGAAGGAGGAGAUCCCUGAGGAAGAGCUGGAGGAGAUGGAAGACCUUGAUGAAAUUGACCAUGCAGAGAUGGAGCUGAGAAGGGGGCAGGUUUUGUGGUGCAGGGGUCUCAACAGAAUCCAGACACAGAUCCGUGUAGUCAAUGCCUUCCGGGAUUCCAUGUCCCCAUAUGAAGGCCUUGAGACGCCCGAGUCUCGCAGCUCCAUUCACAACUUCAUGAGUCACCCAGAGUUUCGCAUCGAGGAUUCAGAGCCAGCGAUUCCCCUAAUCGAUGACACAGAUCCUGAAGAGGAUGCACCUACCAAACGCAACGCGCCUCCUUCUCCACUGCCUCUAGUUUUAUCUUCCCCAAAUCAGAACAAUAAUGCCAUCGACGGCAGAGGCUUCCAUCACCACAUAGAUCUAGCAAAAACUAUCCUUCCUCCCACUCCUGGAAGCCCAUUACACAGCCUGGAGACAUCUCUCUAAUCCAACAUAACCUAAAUCCACGACCAAGGGCACAUCGAGGACAAGAUCUUGGGUUCUAGGCCUUCUGGAAGAGUAGAGAAACUUGUGUGUAUGUGUGUGUUUUUUAUGUAUUUCAUGAGGGUUUGUUUUAAUAUUUAUUAUAUGACGUAUAAAGACGUCAAUUACAGGCCUCUUAUUUCUUGAAAAGAAAAAAUUGACACAUCUGAGGUGUAUUAAGGGAAUGAUAUGCUGGUUUACAGUAAUACAUUGUGCUCAUUUAUUGUCUUUUUUUUUUUUAAAUCAACCAAAUAAAAGAAAAACAAGAAAGGACAUGUCGUAGUUCAGGGAGACUGUGCUAAAAUGUACGUGUAUCUUCUGUUUAGAGUGUUUUUAUCAUAUUUAAGUCUCCUCGCCUCCUCAAACACAUCAGUUUUGGUCAAGAAAUCACUCUUCAUGAAUUGUUGUGAUGAUGAUUUUAUGGAUUAUGAAGACUUCAACAGGAUUUCAACAGGAUGUGGCAUAGGAUUUGAAAUGGAACUAAACAUGUAAUAUUAGUAAAAGUAAAUAGGAAAGAAUUGGACAGAAAUCUGUGGGAUAAUUGUAAUUUCAUUGUUAGUUUCAUUCCCGUUUUGGGAAUGAAUAUUUUUCCAUCUGUUUAUGGAAUAUAAUUUUGUAAAUGUAAAUGGUCUUUGUGGUUUAAUUUACA